CAACGUAAACAAAGUCGCAGAUCGACUGAACAAGAACAACAUGUUGGUCUUGAUUUGAGAUUGGUUUGUCCAGUCGUUAGGAAGCGACUUGCCGACUUGCAAUUUCAGUAGCAUAUUGACACGUGUGAACCCGCCUUUACUCUAAAGCUCCCUCAGGAUUUUUUUUCCUGUAGCAGCUAUCCUCGCUGUUCCCUUGCUCCCUCACGCACCCCACUCACUCAAACCCUCUCCUCCACCUCCUUGUUUCACUGCUCACCUCACCGCCUCUCUUCAUUAUUCACUUAACUUCAUUAUUUUCUCGGAAUCUCUAAAUACGUUCGGUAAUCAGUUGGUGAAGAAUGUUAUGGAGAAUUUUAAAAAAUAUAAAGCACGAAAACCUUUUCCUUUGCAAUAAACUUGCUUGAAAAUAAUUUGUAGGAUAGUAUUUGCACAUGACUUUAGAAAAUCGCUAGUACAUUAUGUCAGUAGUGUGCACGUCUGUAAACUGUUUUUUUUACGAACAAUGUGAAUAUGUCCAAUAUGAUAAUCAUGAUAUAUUUUUAGCUUCUACAAACAAAUGGAGAAUUUAUCUGAUUAACUUUCUUCACCGGGCUAUAUUUAAGGUCAGGUCAGAUCAGUCAGGUCAAUUGGAGAUUCGAAGAGAAAGUUAUGUUAGUCUUUGUGGUAUAUAUAGUUGCUGGGCGCUCGCUUGUGUGUGUGUGUUGAACCAUGGCUGUAUUGUCCUGCGGUCGUGAUCUGUUAGCAGUGGCCGUGCUGACGACCGUAAUGAUUCUCAGCAGUCCCGCCACCCACGCCCUCUUUGUGGACAGAGAAUCUCCUAUCAGACAGGUCAUCCUGGGAGGCAUGACGUCCAUUGAGCGGCAUCAUUACUUUGGUGACGGCAGCGAUCCCGUGUUUCAUCUCGCACGGCCCCGGCUCAUACCCACCAACGUCACCCAGCAAGUCAGGCUGACCAUUAGUUCAGGGGACUUUCACCUUGACUCUACGUUAGCGACCGCGGACGGUCUGCUGGCGGACCAUCUCCUCGAAGGCAUUACUGUGAACGGCCAUACAGUAAGCAUACAACUCUGUCACUUCCGAGCCUCCAAUGCCACACACGUCAUCAGCGUCAACAACUGCGACGGCCGCGGACUGGACGGUAUCUUCGUGACGCCAGACAAGGUGAUCAGCAUGCAUCCAAUACCCUCUCGUCUGUCGCCUGUCAUUCAGCCUCUCCUGCCGUGUUCAUACUUCAGUCCUGCCCCUAAUGGCACAUACGGUGUCCACAUCCUACAUGCCGCCCCUAAGAGGACCAUGGGAGGUGGACGUGCCAAGAGGGAGAUGAGGAGAGGCCGUGGCGAGGAGCUUUGUGCAACUGGACCGAAGCAUGAUGUGUCCACACUGUUCCGAGGGGAGGAUCCUGAGGAGAGCUAUCGCAGGCCAAUCAGAUUCCGUGAUGUGACUGAACUUACUGGUGACCUUGAUCUUCAGAAAAUUGAAGACACGCAGGAUGCUCAUCUGGAAGACCACAACCACACCGUGACGGCCAACCCUGUGUCUGCUGUGCUGCGGCGCACGGUGGAGCUGGCCGUGUUCUGUGACAGUGACCUCUACAGAAACUUCCCACUCAAGUUUGACGGCAACCGAGAAUCACAAGUCUCCAACUAUGUACUCACCAUUGUCAAUGCUGUUCAAGGGAUCUACCACCAACAGGAGCUUGAAGGAUAUGUGGUGGACUUGAGUUUGGUAGAAAUGCAAAUUCUAACAGAGAGUAACAGCCGAAACUACCCAAGUUCCAGUGGUGGAGAUAUUGGCGCAUACCUCAGCUCUUUCUGUGCAUGGCAGCAGAAUAGAAACCCAGGAGACGACACCAAUCCCAAACACUGGGACCAUGCGCUCAUGCUUUCUGGGCUGGACCUUCACUCAUCCGGCAACCCCUCAGUGAUCGGUCUGGCAUGGGUUGGUGGCAUGUGUCGCCCCUCCCACUCCUGCACCAUGAAUGAGGGUCUUGACUUCAGCAGUGUGUAUGUUGUAGCUCAUGAAAUGGGACACAACUUUGGCAUGAACCAUGAUGGCCAAGGAGAUGCAAGUGCCUGCAGCAGUACAAGUUACAUCAUGUCGCCAUCAGUGGGUCCUGGCAAAACAACAUGGUCAUCUUGUUCUUCCAAGGUGCUGCACUCCUUCCUCAGCAAAACUUCAUGUCUGGAUGAUGGAAAAAGCAGGACGGGACGUGUCCAUGAAGAAACCAAUAGAGUGGAUAAAAAAAUCAAAUAUGAACUGAGAGGAAGCAUUGUGAAAGCUGACAGGAGAGCUCAUGAGGUGAAGCUUGAGUCAUUGCUCAGGUUAACUCCUGGUUACCAGUUUCCACUGACUGAACAAUGCAAGGCCAUGUAUGGACGGGACUAUCACCCAGCAUUGACAAAAGAGGAUCUGUGCAAGUACCUAUACUGCACUAAUGGAGUGGUGACUCGUCCUGCUCACCCAGCUCUGGAAGGCUCUUUCUGUGGCUCUCAUAGGGUGUGCAUUGCUGGGAAGUGUAGGCAAGAGGAGGAACUUGUGAGCCUCUUGGCAUACAAUAUUCCCAGUCCUGAUGAACCUGGUGAGCAGCAGACUGAGCCUCCAGGUUUCGAGGAAGACUUAUCAUCAUCACCUACUACAAGUCCACCAGUAUCCUCUACCUCUUCACUUGUGAUGGGAACUUGUAUAGAAGAGCCAGCAACAGAAGGGAAACACUGCAAUAAUGACAGCUCUACAAUAUCCCCAUGCACUUGUGUCUUGGAUGCCACUCCUCCUGAUGACAUUGCUAACAUACCAAAAGAAAUUUGCCCGUUCUUAGCACCAGUAUUUCAUGAGCUAUUCAACUGUAGUUCUGAAUGUCCUCAGUUUGACCUGUACCUUGAUCUUGCUACUGGUAACUUUUCCCAGGCAUUAAUUGGCCCAAAGCUUUUGAAAGAGCUGUCUCAGUCAUGCACUUUUGAUCAUUACAACAUAGUCAUGGAUCAGGAUAGCAGCAAAAUGAGUGGCUCCCUUCCCUUUGUUUCUCCUAUGAAUUCAGAAAUUUGUAAAGGACUCCCUCAUUUUCUUCAUCCAUCCAUUGGAUGCUCCUAUUUGGGAAAUGAGGAUCAGGGAUGCAUUCCUCAGAACAUCAUACUGAAAACACCUGAUCAGAACAUCAAUUAUAUACAUACAAAAGAACAAACAGAUGAAAGUGUUAUGAGGAAAUUGAAAAAUUAUUCUCAGAGAAGCAGUAACAGAAUUUAUGAAGAAUUUGUGAAUAAUUCUACUUCCUUCACAAUACAAACAGAAGAGAAUCAGUUUAUUUCUUGUAACUUAGAGGCAACAUUUCCCAAGACGCUGCGUGACUUGCCUAGUGACGUUUGUCCCUUCUUAGCUCCAUUUCUUCAUGGGCUAUUUAACUGUUCCAAAAAUGCUUGUGUGGAUUAUAUUAUUGUCAUAAAUCUAAAGGAGCAUAACAUCACUAAAGUGCCCCUGACGGGGCAAUCUCAGCCCCAUGAUUCAUGUCCAGCCUGUUCACUUGAUGCAGAAAGUAUAUCUAGUAUUCUGUUUAAGAUCAUUAAGGCUGUUCUUGAAAUUUUAUCUCAAUCGACGUUCAUCUGCAAAUUGUUGCCAGUUUACUUGAAACCAUGGCUUCCUAAUUGUUCCUCAUUACCUUUAAUGGACUCUGUCCCGGAGGACACUUGUCCUCCCGUAGCAGUGGUGGUUGAGAUUGAAAAUGCUGCCUUUACCUAUUCUUUAAACUCAGCACGUCGGCAUGAAGGUAUCAUGCACCAAUUACAGUGGCAUGGAAAGCUUUAUGAUCUGGAAAAUGUUACCAGUGGGAGGGAUGCAUUGACUCUGUUAAAGGACAAAUAUUCAUUAGAUACUGACAAUCAAGUUGUUAGGAAAUAUGAUUCCAAGGAAUUAUCCCUGAAUCUUCUUGACAAUUCUCUCCGGGAGUAUGUUGGCCAGAAAGAUAGAUUCCUUCCCCUCAAUGCACCUGAGGCGAUGCCCCACACCAAGGUAGGGAAGUGCAGCGUGACGUGUGGCCGGGGAGUACGUAUUGUGGAGCAGGAAUGUGUUGAUGUCCAUACUGAAGAAGUACUUGACAAUGACUCCUGUCAAGGUUAUAUAGUACCCAAGCCAGCAAUAGAGCAAUGUGUUCUACCAGACUGCCUCCUCCCUCAAUGGAAAAUAGAGGAGUGGGGAGCCUGUCAGCAGUGCGGGACCGGUGUACAGUUCCGACAGGUACAAUGUACUAUUCCCAUUCUGGAAUCGCAGGCGGUACAAGAUGAUACUGGUCAGGGAGUAAAUAACAUUAAUCUUGUGGCAAGCCCUGUCCUGGUGGUAGAGGACAAGCAGUGUGAGGGCGAGCGGCCUCCUAGUGUGCAAGAAUGCCACAAAAUAUGCACUGAAGAGGUGGCUGUGGACAGUCUUGAGAUUGCAAAGGACUUCGACUACUGAAGGAGUGACGAGAAAUCAUCCCAUUCCUCAAAGCCUGGUGGCCGCACUCUCGUCAAGUGAGUAUGCAGGCCUGGGUGUUGUCCCCCAAGAAGAAAUUGUUCCUGGUCCGCCCCCGUGGAUGCUGCCCAUACCUCACGUGUGCUACACUCCCACUUCGAAGACUGCUCUC